GGAGGAAAUAGAGAAACGGAAGCAGAUAACUACCGAGGCGGUUGAUCCGGUCGCUUAUCGGAAGAUUUCCAUAUUCAGAUCAUUGGCUGAGGAGAUGGCCGCCGAGGAAAAGGACUUGUGGAGUUCCUGCGAAUCUAGACCGGGAUCCGAGGGGUGCGUUUUCUUCAAAGCGACGACGCUACUGGAGAUGGACAGAGGCAAAUCCCUCUUGGAGGAACAGGCCAGGCAUCUGGACGCCGUUGAGAAGGAGACCCAGCAGCUGCCCAAGGAUAUAACUAACAAUCUGGACAUAUUCCAUGACGAGGCAGAGGUUGAUACGGACAGAAGCAAAUCCCUCUUGGGGGAACAGCCGAUUGGUCCAUCACCUAGCGAGAUUGAGAUGGAAAGGGAACACUGGAAGAAGCAGCAGUCUCAAGCUUAUUUCUGAGCUCGAAUCCUAUGUGCAGGUGCUCAAAGAACUGGAGGCAGGCAGACACACAGCCAACUUCUACUCCAAGACACGUUUUGAUGAGUUGUCAGUAAUUUGCUGCAGAAUAACUGAAGCGAUUCAUAACAAGCACAUUCUUUUAAAGUGGGGAGACACAGAAACCGGCAGCCAGAAGCCAACUUGGGCCCAGGAUGAGGUCGAGGAGAAGGAAAUGACCAAAACGGGGAUGGAAGACAAGACCAAAUCCUUAACAGAGAAGCAGGUGAUUGAUUCACUAACCCGUGAGACGGGGAUGGAAGGGAAAUCCGGGAAGCAGCAGCAGACAUCUCAACUUCUUCACUGCAGCCCUGGCAUCCAGCGUAAUGAUGAGCACAUCGAGCUGGAGGUGAACAAGCAGAAGCAGAUGACCGAGGACGAUAUUGAUAUAGGCGAAUCAGCCCGAGAAUUAACCAUGGAGGAGGAGAUGGCCGCUGAGGAAGAGGAUUUCGCUCGCUACAGAAGUCACUGGGAAUCGAGAUGGGGAUCCAAGGGGGGAUGUGGCUUCUUCAAAGGCACGACACAAUUGAGUUCCAUGCACUUCACAUACUUGACACCUAAGCCCAGCUUAGACGACGGUAUCGUUGCGGAUACCUUGCAGAUUUUCUCCAUUAAACUUGCAGAAAUUAAAGGCGACUUCAAAUGGCCAUUGUCUGUGUAUGGUGUUGUUGCUGCCCGGGACUCCGUUGAUCACAAUCGCAACCUUCUCUUCUGUCGCAGUAGGACAAGGAGCCAAAUAGUCCGGCAAAACGAUCCUUUUUUACGCUUGAUUGGGCCGACUCGUGCGAUCCUAUUCAAAGAUCCUGUUGACUUUGAAAUUCAACUAAAAGUUAAAUGUGGAGCCAUGUCUGGAGAUAGGGCAUUGAUCAGCGCGACACACUGUUAUCGCACACGUCAUCAUGAUGUGCAUACCGUUUGCUUUGAGAACCGCUUCUGUAAAAUAGAGUUGUGCAUGGACCUGCUAGUGGAGACGAUCCAGGCCACAAUCUGCAGCAUCCGUGUUGUCAAACAGGGGAUACGGCAGCGUGUUGAACGUCGUUGCCGAGUAGCUUGCUCGACUACAUCAUACUCACGCAAAAUCAUCGAUGGUAAAACCACCUAUGUUGCUAAUGCCUCAUCUGGUGAAGUCGUGCUGCUUGAUCCUGGUAGACAUGCAACACCCCAGGGUUCAGAGGGUUACCUUGAUCUGUCGAGGCGUGUGGUGUCUGUAGAACACGAAGGCAACCUGGAACUUGUUGUACAGGCCUACUCAUCAUCCGGUGAUAUCACUGCACAAGGGCACGUCUCUUUGGCACCCAGAUCUUUUGGAUUCAGUCAGAAGAACUUAUAUGUUGAUGAUGCUCAGCUGGAGAUUACCGUUGCUUGGUCCUUCCUCGUAGCGGACAAGGAUACUCUCGUCAGACCUGUGGGUAUUUGAAACCUCCAAGCAGUGAACAAAAAUGAUCUUGUGAGACUGGUGGGUUUUUGGAACCUCCAUUUACUUGAAGAUGUCAGCGGUGCUGGACCAAGUGCAUCCAUCAGUUCUGUUGAACUGUGCAAGCGGUGCAGGACCAAGCAAAGCUUUGAUUGUGUGUGUCCGACAAGUCUUGUUGAACUGUGCAUGUAUUAGCUCUAUCCUUUUCUAAAAAAAUGUAUUAGCUCUAUAUCUCACUACCAGAAUAACCUACUACGUCUACGGCUUUU